AUGGAGGAUCAAUUUACAAACAACCCAGGAGAAAACAUACAAGAGGCCGUUGAUACGUAUACGGAAACCAAUCAAGACAAGACACCGUCUCAAGAGUUUAUCACGCCAAAACAAAUUUCGAACAUUAUAAACAAACUCCCAAACGGAAAGGCACCGGGACACGACAAUAUAACCAACAAGGCAUUGAAGAACCUUCCAAACAACAUACUUACUCAACUAGCUCAUAUAUUCACAGCAUGUCUUCGGGUAGCCUACUUUCCAAAAACAUGGAAAAGAGCUAUCAUAAUCAUGAUACCUAAACCGGGAAAAAAUCACUCCAAACCAGAAAGCCAUCGCCCAAUAUCGCUAUUGCCUACCAUGUCCAAAUUAUUCGAAAAACUAGUACUGAAAUCACUACAAAAAUGUAUCAAACCACGACCAGAACAACAUGCCUUUAGAGAGGGACACUCGACGACCACCCAACUUGUACAACUGUUCAAAGAUUUAAAAAACAACAAAUCAGAAAAGAAAUACACAGCUGCAACAUUUUUGGACAUAGAAAAAGCGUUUGACCGUGUGUGGCACAUGGGUCUCAUCCACAAACUAAAUAAGAAUACAGAUCUACCAAAUUACACCGUAAAACUAAUCAAAUCUUUCCUGACUGGACGUUCCUUUCAGAUAAGAGUAGAUGACCAACUAUCAACAGAAAGAACCAUACAAGCAGGGGUACCACAAGGCUCAUGCCUAUCACCGAUACUAUACACGCAUUACAUAAAUGAUCUCCCUCUUCAUCCUCAAGUAAAAACAUCAAUAUUCGCGGAUGACACAAUGUUCCAUGCAGCCCACAGAAACAAAAGGUAUGCGAUAUCCCAUCUGCAAAAACAAAUCAAUCUAACUCUUGACUGGACCGACAAGUGGAGACUAAAAAUAAAUGCAGCAAAAACGGAAUCAAUUAUCUUCGGAGGAAAACCAACAAAAACUAAAAUAACCGUACGAAACCAAACCACAAACUGGAAAAAUAAAGUCAAAUACCUUGGGAUAACUAUCGACUCAAAAUUACAUAUGCAUCAACAUGUAAAAAUCGCAACGCAAAAAGCAAAAGGAGCAAGAACAUCCCUCUACCCAAUAUUAAACAAUAAAUCUCCUAUACCGCUAAAAACAAAAAUACAAAUAUACAACAUGUAUAUAAAACCAAUUAUCCUAUACGGCUCAGUUGCGUGGGCGCCACAAAUUAGCAAGUCAAGCCUGAAGAAAAUGGAGGUCGUACAAAACACAACAUUAAGACAAAUAACGGGCAUGCACUAUCUUACCAGAAAUGAAGCUAUCCAAAGAUCAGCAAACCUAGAACCCCUCUCAGUCACCAUAAAACACGCAACCCAGACUUUUUACUACAAGGCCUCAAUAUCAAGAUACCAACACAUACAAAAACUAUCAGCAUAA